AUGUCACUGGUUCUCUUGGCUCGGUUAAAUGGUCUGAAACAGAGGACCGAGCCUGGAAAGGCAGUUGCUGGAGUCAGCACUGAAGGAUCAUCUAUCAAGUGUACUCUGCAGGGUACCCCUCGUCUACCUGCAUUUUCAAAGGAUGGGGACUUUAUAAUUGGAGGUGUUUCCUCCAUUCAUUACCAACUUUACACCGUAAUUUAUAAUUACUCUACCAAGCCUGAGCCUCCAAGAUGCACAGGGAGCUUUAACGCCCGGGGUCUGCGCUUCUUUCGCACAAUGAUAUUUGCCAUUGAUCAAAUAAAUAACAGCACAGAGCUGCUGCCUGGCAUUAAACUCGGAUAUCAGAUCUAUGAUUCCUGUGUCUCAGUGCCUGUCUCAGUGCAUGUCGCGUUUCAGCUUUUGAAUGGCCAGGAUCCUGUGUUUUACAAAGACAGUAACUGUUCACAGUCUGGAGUGGUGAUGGCUGCUGUGGGAGACUCUGGAUCCACUCCAUCCAUCAGCAUGUCACGCAUCAUGGGGCCUUUCAACAUUCCUCUGGUGAGCCACUUUGCAACUUGUGCCUGCCUUUCAGACAAGCAGCAAUUCCCUACUUUUUUCAGGACGAUUCCCAGUGAUCAGUUUCAAGCUGAUGCGCUGGCUAAGUUGGUGAAACACUUUGGUUGGACUUGGAUAGGUGCUAUCCACUCUGACUCAGAUUAUGGAAAUAAUGGCAUGGCUUCUUUUCUUGAGGCAGCACUGAGGGAGGGGAUCUGUGUGGAGUACACUGAAUCCUUCUUUAGAACCAACCCACUGAGCAAGAUCCAAAGAGUUGCAGAUGUUAUUCGUAGAUCAACAGCUAUGGUUGUGGUGGCGUUUACAGCCUCCGGUGAUAUGAAGGUCUUAUUAGAGGAGCUGGCUCGGGAACCGUCUCCACCUCGUCAGUGGAUUGGGAGUGAAUCCUGGGUUACUGACCCACUCUUAAUGAGCUUCAGUUUCUGUGCAGGGGCCAUCGGAGUUGCCAUUCAGCAAUCUGUCAUCCCAGGUCUGAGAGACUUCCUUCUAGAUCUCUCUCCCUCUGAAGUGGCUGCCUCUCCACUGCUCACUGAGUUCUGGGAGGAUGCAUUCAACUGCUCCCUGAGAACAACUGUGGAUCCACCCAAGAGAGAGUGUGAUGGGACUGAAGACAUUAAAACCCUUAAAAGCCCAUAUACUGAAACAUCUCAGCUAAGAAUUUCUAACAUGAUUUACAAGGCUGUUUAUGCAAUAGCACAUGCCAUUCAUAAUGCUGUUUGUCAGAAAGAAAAUGGAACCAUUCAAUGUGACAAACACAUUAGACUGGAGCCCAAACAGGUUUUUAUUGAAUUAAAGAAAGUAAACUUCUCCAAGAAUGGCUACCAUGUCUCAUUUGAUGCUAAUGGGGAUCCAGUGGCUUUUUAUGAGCUGGUAAACUGGCAGAAGAGUGAGAGUGGAGUUAUUAAACUGGUUACAGUGGGAUACUAUGAUGCAUCACUGCCCAACAGCAAGGAGUUUCAUAUCAACAAGGAGUUAACCUGGGUGAAAGGGAGAACUGAAGUACCAGUGUCAGUUUGCUCUGAGAGUUGUCCUCCAGGAACUCAUAAAGUCUUGCAAAAAGGGAAACCCAUCUGCUGCUAUGAUUGUGUACCGUGUCCUGAAGGAGAGAUCAGUAAUAUGACAGAUUCUCCUGAUUGCUUCCCAUGCUCCAGAGAGUUUUGGCAUAAUGCAAAGAAAGAUGCUUGUUUCCCCAAGCCAAUUGAGUUUCUUUCCUAUGAAGAAGUACUCUCUGUUUUCCUGGCAGCUUUCUCUGUUAGUGGGGCCUGUCUGGCCAUCAUUACGGCAGCGAUCUUCUUCUACUACAGGACAACUCCGAUUGUCAGAGCCAACAACUCUGAGCUGAGCUUCCUGCUCCUUUUCUCUCUGACGCUGUGUUUCUUAUGUUCAUUAACAUUCAUCGGAGCACCUUCUGAAUGGUCCUGCAUGCUGCGACACACAGCAUUUGGCAUCACCUUUGUCCUCUGUAUCUCCUGUGUUCUUGGGAAAACUGUAGUGGUUUUAAUGGCAUUUAAAGCUACACUUCCUGGUAACAAUGUGAUGAAAUGGUUUGGUCCUCCUCAGCAAAGAAUGACUGUAGUGUCCCUAACAUUUUUUCAAGUAUUAAUAUGUACUGUGUGGUUGGUUUUUAGUCCUCCUUUCCCAAUUAAAAAUUUAGCCAGCUACAAUGAGAAGAUAAUCCUGGAAUGUUCAUUAGGCUCUGCUGUUGGCUUCUGGGCUGUGCUUAGUUACAUUGGCCUGCUGGCUAUAUUUUGCUUUGUGUUAGCUGUUCUAGCUCGGAAACUACCUGAUAAGUUUAACGAAGCCAAACUGAUAACCUUUAGCAUGUUGAUAUUCUGUGCAGUCUGGAUCACCUUCAUCCCAGCAUAUGUCAGCUCUCCUGGAAAAUAUACUGUGGCUGUGGAGAUAUUUGCUAUUCUGGCCUCCAGCUUUGGACUGAUACUGUGCAUAUUUGCUCCAAAGUGCUUCAUAAUUUUGUUUCAACCAGAGAAGAACACCAAAAAAUAUUUGAUGACCAAAAACUGAUGGCAAAUUACUGAAAUAUUGGCAGCAAAAUUACAGAAGAAGUUCUGUAACUUCUUCUGUAAGAAGUUACAGAACGUCUUACAGGGAGGGGCGGGGGUUACAAAACUUCAUAUGCUGGUUGUAUAAAAAUAUUACAGGUAUAGAGUAGUCAGGCAUUAUGCCGUGUUGUUACAAUACAUCUUAUCAUACAUCAAGUCACCAUUAUUUGUGUGGCACCAUUAAGGUCAUUAUUUCCUUAAUGGCCCUAUUGUUUUGUGAUAGUGCUGACUACAACUUUUAAAAAUGUUACUUCCAACCAUGUUCAAGAAUUAAGAAGCCUUUUGGAUAUAGGGUGAAAUGUCUUUAAGAAAUGAGAAGUCCACUUGCCUUCUACCUAAGCACUUUAGAAUUUCCAAAAUACUAGCAGGAAAUUUAUCUCUGAACCGCAGCAGAAAAGCAUGUGUUUCAAACAUUUUUCUUCAAUCUUGUUCAGUUCAGAAAUAAACUGAAUUAAUAAAAUUCAAUUAAACAACUGUUUGAUGCCUAGAUGACAACAUUUAAAUUUGGUUUACAGUUAAAUAGAUUUGUAAUCUCAUGUGCAUUAAGUUGUAAUUUUCUUUUAUAGUUUUUUAGUGCUUUUUUGA